AUGCCUCCAACAAGAAAGAGAAGUGCAUUGUGGAACCAUUUUAGUGAGCUUACGGACAACAAAGCUAAAUGUGGUUACUGUGCACAAACUUUGAGUAUACCCAAUAAAUCCAUCGGUAAUUUGAGCAGGCACAUGAGACUAAAACAUCCUACAAUUCAAAUACAAUUAAGCAGACAACAGAAUACAAUUCAACAGCAGUCAUCAACAUCAAUACUAGACCCAGUACCAUCUAUGUCAUCAUUUACAUCUCUAUCUCAAAAUGAACUACCUGCAACGUCACAUAUCUCCCUACCGUUAACUUCUCAUGGACCACCAAAACAAUCCACUAUGACAGAAUUUAUUCACAAACCCGUGCCUGUUAAAAAAAUAAAUGAGAUCGACAAACAAAUUAUCAAAAUAAUUGUCAAAAAUUAUCACCCAUUUUCGCUCGUAGAGCAACCAGAAAUCAAAGAAUUGUUCGCCAUGAUUAUUCCUGGUUAUAGCUUACCAACUAGAAAAACUGUAUCAAACAGUCUUUUGCCAAAAAUGUAUCAGGAAUGUUUGGAAAAAGUUCAGGUUAACAUAGACUCCGCAUGGGCUGUCUGUCUAACUACCGAUUCCUGGACGUCGAUAAAUAAUGUCAGUUUUGUUUCUGUCACCGCCCAUUAUUUAGAUAAUACUUACAUUAUGAGGUCAUAUCUUUUAGAUUGCUUUUCAUUCUCUGACAGACACACGGCAAAAAAUUUGUGCCAAUCUUUGCAGGCAAAAAUUGUCGAAUGGAAGAUACAAAACAUAGUCGUUGCUGUAGUAAGUGACAAUGCCGCUAAUAUCUCGGCUGCAAUUAGGAUGGGCGGCUGGAAACAUAUCAGAUGUUUUGCUCAUUCUGUAAAUUUGAUUGUACAAUCAGGUUUAAAAGAUAUUAAAAAUACUGUCUUAAAAGUGAAGUCUAUUGUAGAAUAUUUUAAAAGUAGUUCGUCAGCAUUAACAAAAUUAAAAGAAAUCCAACAGCAAAUGGGUCUUCCAGAAUUAAAGUUAAAACAAGACGUAGUCAUACGAUGGAACUCGACACACGAUAUGUUAAAUCGAUUCCUUACAUUAAAAGAGGCCAUAAUUUCUACUGUGGCAAUACUCGGCACAGAUCUGGAAAUGUUAACACCAGAAGACUGGAAAAUCGUUGACCUCGCGAUUAAAAUAUUGGAGAUAUUUUACAACGUCACAGUAGAGAUGAGUUCAGAAACACAAGUUACUUUAAGUAAAGUAAUUGUGUUGACAAAAAUUAUGAUAAAACACGUUAAUAAGCGUAUUAAUGAGGACACUGGAUUACCUGCGCAAAUAAUAUUAUUAUUGGACACCCUGAAGCAGCAGUUGUCGGAUAGAUUCCAAAACAUUGAAUCCAACCCUCUGUACGCGGAAGCAACAAUUUUGGACCCGCGCUUCAAAGGUUUCGCGUUCAGAGAACAAGAAAAAUUUAAUAUAGCUGUAACGACCUUAAGACGACGUUUAGCAAAUACAGCUACUGAGACGGUCCGUGGUAUUACCACGGAGACAACAUCUGUAACUAUGGCUGAAACCGCAACUCAACCUGUGGCCGCAACAUCAGCAUCGCUUUGGGACGAUUUUGAUGCUGAACUGAGUCAGCAUCUCAGACCGCGAAAUCAAAUGGCAGCAGGAAUAAGAGAGCUAGAUAAAUAUUUAAAUGAUGAAAUGCUGCCUAGAAAUCAAGAUCCCUUAAUUUGUGUACCUAAAGAUGCAGCACGCCGUAAGAAGUGGGUGGAAAUAAUAAGGUUGUUAAGAAAGGAGACUGACUGGGUGCCUUCUAAAUCUACUGUCAUUUGUUCUAAGCACUUCCGGAAUCAAGACAUACUUGAACCAAAAAGCGAUUGCGGCCGUGUUCAUUUGUCUAACGAAGCAAUUCCAAUGAUUGUAGACGAACCUCAUUUUGAAAAGCCGGUAGAACUUUUAAUAGAAGAAAAUAUGGAUUUUGAUGUUAUGGAAACCGAUGAAGAGAUAGAUGAAAUAACUGAAACACCGCGAAAGCACAAAAUGAGAAAAAUAAUUCACCAAACUAACAAUUAG